AUGCUCCACCUUCACCUCUGUUGGGACGUCGAGGACCUGUGCUUCGACCUCAUCGACCACCACCCACUUGGCAUCGCGGUCGAGCUCGUGAUCGCCGUGUACUCUUUCGUCGGCAUCGCCGCGACCGCCGACGGCCCGCUGGCACAGAGCCUCGAGACUCUGUGCCAGCGAUGGCGCGUGCCUGAGGAUGUGGCGGGUGCAUCCUUCAUGGCGUUCGGCGGGUCGGCGCCCGAGAUCAUCGUCGCGGCGGUCUCCACGAUGAAGGCCUCCGUGGCGAUGCAAGGCCACCACCGGACGGCGCUCGACGCCGAGGCGCACUCAGCCUACGCGACGAGCCUCGGCAUCUCCUCUGUGGUUGGCUCCGGCAUGCUCGCCUUCACGCUGAUCCCGGGCCUCUGCGCGCUCGUCGUGCCGCGCACCCUGCGCCUCAAGCGCAGGCCCGUCGUGCGGGACGCCGCCGGCUACCUGCUCUCGCUCGCGCUGCUCCACCGCUGCGUCCUGCGCGGGCACGCCUCGUUUGGCGCGGCGCUGCAGAUGCUGGUGCUGUACGGAGGCUACCUGGCGGUCACCGCCGUGGCGCCCCGCCUGCGAGAGAGCUACCGCGCGUCCGGCUUGAGCGAGCGCUGGAGCCGCAACUGCCCCGACUGCGAGCUCGGCGGAGAGGGCGAGCCGCUGUACCCGCUCACGCUGACGGUGGCCUUUGCGUGGCUGUCGGUCUUCUCGUUCGCCCUCUCCGCCGCCGUGACCCGCUGGGGCACGCUCCUAAAUCUGCCUCCCUCGGUGAUGGGUGUCUACGUCAUCGCGGUCGGGGCGCAGGUUCCCGACACGCUGCAAGCGGUCGCGGUGGCGCGGCGCGGGCUCGGCUCGAUGGCGGUGGCCAGCGCCGUCGGCUCGCAAGUCAUCAACGUCCUCGUCGGGCUCGGCCUGCCGUGGCUCCUCUCCAGCAGCGCUGGCCCGGUGCUCGCCUACCUCGCCGUCCUCAUCGCCCCCACCGCCCCGAGUUGGUGCAGCCGCGGCCACGCGCGCCUCGGCCGCGCGCAAGGCAAGCUGCUCAUCGGCUGCUACGCCGGCCUCGUCGCGCUCCACGCCGUCCGCGCCCAGAUGUCCGCCGACUGGUGA